CAUGGCGGCGGGGUGCUUGGGGGCGUGCUGGCGGGCGGCGCGGCGGGCGGGCGGCGUGGCCGGGCUGGUGCUGCUCUACUACGGCUUCUCCAUCGGGAUCACCUUCUACAACAAGUGGCUCAUGCGCAGCUUCUCCUUCCCGCUCUUCAUGACGCUGCUGCACCUCAUGGUCAUCUUCCUGCUCUCCGGCCUGGCGCGGAGGGGGCGGGGCCUCGGCCUAGGGGGCGGGGCCAAAGCAGGGGGAGGGGCUUCUCUGCGGGGAGGCCACGCCCCCAAGCGCGCGCCACGCCCCCUCCUGCCCUGGGAUGCUUACCUGCGCCAGGUGGGGCCUGCAGCGCUCUCCACCGCCUUGGAUGUCGGCCUCAGCAACUGGAGCUUCCUCUACAUCACGGUCUCCCUGUACACCAUGACCAAGUCCUCGGCCGUCCUCUUCAUCCUCUUCUUCUCCCUCGUCUUCAGGCUGGAAGAGCCGCGUCUGGCGCAGGUGCUGGUGGUGCUGCUGAUCGCGGGGGGGCUCUUCCUCUUCACCUACAAGGCCGUCCAGUUCAAUGGGGAGGGCUUUGCGCUGGUGCUGGCGGCCUCCUUCCUGGGGGGCAUCCGGUGGACCCUGACGCAGAUGCUGCUGCAGAAGGAGGAGCUGGGGCUCCAGAACCCCAUUGACACCAUGUUCCACCUGCAGCCAGCCAUGUUCCUGGGGCUCUUCCCACUCUUUGCUGCGUUUGAGGGGCUCCCGCUGUCCACCUCGGAGAAGCUCUUCCGCUUCCACGAGGAGGGUCUGUUGCUGUCCCUGCUGGCCAAGCUGGCCCUGGGGGGUGUCCUGGCCUUCGGUCUGGGCUUCUCCGAGUUCCUCCUGGUCUCCAAGACCUCCAGCCUGGCCCUCUCCAUCUCCGGGAUAUUCAAGGAAGUCUGCGUCCUGCUGCUGGCCACCCACCUGAUGGGCGACCGCCUGAGCCUCCUGAACUGGCUGGGCUUUGUGGUCUGCCUCCUGGGCAUCACCCUCCACGUGGUCCUCAGGGCCCUGGGCACCAAAGGCCAGAAGAGUCCCAAGCCUCCAAAAGAGCCGGACUUGGAGCUGCUGCUGCUGCGCCACCAGGACGGGGAGGAAGCAGCGGGCGAGGCCCCCCUUCAGCGCUGACCACCCCUCCCAACCCACCCUGAGGGUCUGCCUCCCUCCUUGAUGGGUGGCCGGGCAACACGAUGGGACAACGGGGGGCUCCCAACUGCAAGGGAGUCAGACCCAAGGAGGGGAGAGCUGUGACUGGCUAGGCUCUCAAUGAGGUGGUCUUUUCGGCAGACGCUGGACAACGGAGAGUGUGGCCGCAGAUGGAUUGUGCUCCAGCUUGGAUACGUUGAGCUGGAUUUUGACAAUGCCUUUCCAGAAGGGUGCCUCUCCUGGAAUUCCUGGGGGUGCUGCUUUCGGGGCUGGAGCUGGAAGAAGCCAAGAGGCCCCCCAGGGAAGGUCCCACUCUUGGGGGUUCCCUUUGUCCUGCUCUGGCUCCUCCAAGGCACUCCCAAGUGGACAUGGGGCCCUAUGCCUCUGAGCCGCGGCCUCUGCAGGCCGGUGUGGCCCCUCCCUGGCCCGGACCCCCUGCCUCUGCACUCAGGGGAGUCCCCUCUCCCCAUCUCAGAAAGGGCAGAGCAGAUCCAAGAAGACAACAAGAGGCUUGUCCUGUCGCGCGCUGGUCCUGUGAAUAAUUGUCUUUAAGCAGGACGUGCGACUUUAGCCCAGCGGGAAGCCAGGGGCCCCCGAAGAGAAGUUCUCAGAGGUUUCCCACCACAAAUGAUCUUUAGAUGGCUUGUGAAGUAUAACAAAGUCCUUUAUUAAUGAACAAUCAAACAGAAACUUCUCUUGUCUUCAGGAAAGAUAAACAAGUGGUUCCAGGCUUCUAUGCAACUGGUGGCUUCCUAAUCUUGCCCACAAAGGACAGGCAACUGUCUUCAAUAACUUCUUCUUUACUUUAAAUGGAAAAAUCCCCGUUUUAACUUCUCCCAGGCUGACUGUAAUCUAAUCCUUACUGAUGUGGGCUCCACUACCGGGUCGAACUGCUUCUUGAGUACCGAGUGGACCUACCAGUAAAGGCUUAGAUGUUCUCUAGCUGGAGAUCUCCAAAAUUCUUCAAAGCUUUAGGGGGUUUCCCUGGAAAUCUUUAGAAUCUUUGGAGGCUCUUAAGACUGUUCCCCCCUGGAAAGUCUUAAGGGUUGAAGCUUUUGUACAGGGGAAGCUUGCACACAUCCUGUACAUUACCACCUUGCACCUUAACAGCCUGGCUUCUACUAGCUAGCAGGAAACCUUUGGUGGGAGGAGUUCCCUCGCCCAGAUUGCUUCAUGUCUGCAAAUCCUGUGUUUUCUGAGGGCCGCAGCAACACGUGGCUGGGUAUAGCUAGUUGUAAAUAAAAAGCUACAAAAACUA